CCUUUCUCAGGCACUGUGGAUAAACAGACUGUUGAGAUCACUAAUUGUUUCUCGGUUCCACACAACGAGUCAGAGGAUGAGGUGGCUGUUGACAUGGAGUUUGCCAAGAACAUGUACGAGCUUCACAAGAAAGUCGCUCCCAACGAGGUGAUAGUGGGCUGGUUUGCUACUGGCCACGAUAUCACUGAGCACUCGGUCCUCAUUCACGAAUAUUACAGUCGGGAAGCCCAGAAUCCUGUCCACGUCACCGUGGAUACGAUGCUGCAAGACGGACGAAUGAGCAUUAAAGCCUACGUGAG